UGGUAGAAAUAGUCUCUAUCCAUUCUGAGAAUGAUACCAAUUUUUUUUUCAGAGAAUCAAAAGUGGUUUGAUGUUUAUGAAGCAAUCUGUCAAAGAUUAAAUGCUUAAUGUACCCGGCAUUAAAGAAAGCAAGAAUUCAAGUUCUUUGAAUUGAAACCAAACAGGCAUAGUUUAGUGAUCUGGAGCCAGAGUCCAGCAGACUAUAUAUAUCUGGGCUGCAACACCCUUGCGUCACGCACCACCCAUUCUUCCUUUGAAUCUCUCUUCCAAGUUCCAAACCCCACGCUUGGCUCCCUCUGUCCCUCUCCAUUCUUGGGGUUUCGAUUCAUUUUGAAUAUUCAUCGAUUCCCCCAGCUGGGUCUCACCGAAUUUCUCCCCACCCACCAAAAACGCCACCGUUUUCGAAUCUCGAAAUGCUCCAAUUCGAGACGGUAAAGAAGAAAAUGUGGAUGUUCUCUCAUUGAUCUCGCUCUAUAACACCCUUGUCUUCUUGCUUAAUGGAAGUUAUGUCCGUAGCCAUAACCAUAGCCGCAAGCACCCUACUCUGCACUAGAGGUCGUCUACUCAAGCUCCGAUUCCGUACACUCCCCUUCUGGUUCGCGCCCACGACUCGCCCUCCCGGCUCUGGUUAAUCUGAAACCAUGGAUUCAAACUCCUGGAACUCAGCCUCUUCACGUGGGUCCGAUUGUUUUCAAGUGUUCGACCCAUUCUCGCAUAAUACAGGAGGGGAUAGAGGGGUUGUGCGAGGUGGGUCUUUGGUGUUGGAUUCUGACAGAGGAGAGCUCGUGAAGGCUCCGGUCAUAAAGGUGAAAAAGGAGGUGCCGGAGGCGAAGGCUAUGGCGGCUUUGAAGAGUCAUAGCGACGCCGAGAGGAGAAGAAGAGAGAGAAUCAAUGCUCAUCUGGAUACGCUUCGCGGCUUCGUGCCAUGCACUGAAAAGAUGGACAAAGCUACAUUGCUUGCUGAAGUUAUCCAGCAAGUGAAAGAACUAAAAAGGAAUGCCACCAAAGCAAGUAAAGGAUUACUCCUUCCAAUAGAAGAAGAUGAAGUAAGAGUAGAACCACAUGAUGACAGAACAGAUGGAGCUUUUUCUUUGAGGGCAUCUGUGUGUUGCGAUUACCGACCUGAGCUUCUAUCUUAUAUAAAACAAGCUCUUGACACCCUUCCUAUAAAUACAGUAAAGGCCGAGAUCUCUACUUUGGGAGGACGGAUGAAAAAUGUAUUUGUUUUCACCAGCUGCAAACAAGGGAACAGCAAUGAUUCCAAGGCACACAUGCUUCUUGCAAGCUCUGUCCACCAGGCCCUGAGUUCUAUCCUGUAUAAAGUUUCCACCUCACCAGAAUUCUCUCCAAGAACAACACAUCCAAAGAAGCGACGAAGGGUUUCCAUUUUUGAUUCUUCGAGCUCCUCUUCUUCAGAGCAGAGAUUUUGGUGAUGGUACAUGCAUACUCUCUCUGUUUCUCUCUCUAUAUAUAUAUAUAUAGUUAUUCUGUGUCUGUAUAUCAUUGCAUGGAUGUAUUAAAAAUUAAAGACAUGCAGCAAAUGUAAUUUGUAGAGGAAAGUAUUAUGUGACAUAAUACAGAAAAAGAAAAAAAAAAGCACCUAGUGACCUGAUGACAACGAUAAUAACACCACAAGCAUACCCUUCA